GAGAAUCUUUUUUCCGAUGAACCAUUCCGAUCGAAUGAAAGUUGCUGGAAGUCCAGUAUAGCAUUUUUGAAUCAUAAAUGAGACCACUUUAUCAGUUUUCCUUUUACCUUUUAGCAUCACGCAAAUAUUUAUUGUGUAGAUUUAUAAUACGGAUAUCCUGACAGUGAAGAGAGAGGAAAAAGAAAUCGACCAUGACCAUUUAUCGCCGUGAAGAGUCACUCGUGGAAGUUCUCUAAAAUUCUUUUCACGUUCAACUUUCUUUUCACGCACAACGCUUACAGUUUUGGUGUUGGACGUAGUGAACUUAAGCCUUCACACUGUGCAAAAUAUUAAGAAACCACAGUGUGGUGUAGGUUAAGUUUUCCUUUUCGCAACACAUGAUAUUUUUAUUAGGUUUACAGUAGCCAUUUUAUCACUUUUGAGGAAGAGGUUUGAAUGGUCACGAAAGAAGUAGGAAGAGGUGGCCGUUGCCCGUUGGGAACUGGGAAGGGAAAAGUAUGACCAAGGAUAAGACAUUGACAACAAGAAUUAAAAGCAUGAUAAAUACUGUAGCUGCAGUGCAGAUGGUUCAAGUAUAAAUGAAGGUUUUCAGACGGGUGGAAAGAAGCUUCAAGAAGAGAGGAUGGUGGGGGGGUUUUGCAGAGAAACGGAAAGGAAGCCGGUGAACAGAUGGAGGAAAGCCUCACCCAUGGGAUGCCAUUAGCUGUUACUCAUCUGCUCCAGCACACUUUGAGAAGUCUUUGCGUUCACGAUAACUCACAGUGGGUAUAUGCAGUCUUCUGGAGGAUCCUUCCCAGAAAUUACCCACCACCCAAAUGGGAUUUUCAAGGAGGACCAUAUGACAGAUCUAGAGGAAACAGAAGGAAUUGGAUACUUGUUUGGGAAGAUGGUUUCUGCAAUUUUGCUGCAUCCAUGGCCGGAUCAGGAAAUCCCAUGGAGUCAACUCUUUAUAUCAAAACGGAACCUCAAAUGAAAGGUCUGCAACCUGAGCUCUUCUUCAAGAUGUCGCAUGAAAUAUACAACUAUGGAGAAGGUUUGAUAGGAAAAGUUGCUUCAGAUCAUGGUCAUAAAUGGAUCUUCAAAGAACCUAACGACCAAGACAUCAAUUUCGUGUCUGCAUGGAACAAUCCUGUGGAUUCUCAACCAAGGACAUGGGAGGCUCAGUUCCAGUCCGGUAUACAGACAAUUGCACUUGUUGCAGUUAGGGAAGGAGUGCUGCAACUCGGUGCAGUUAACAAGGUGAUUGAAGAUAUCAACUAUGUGUUGUUAUUAAGAAAAAAGUUUAGUUACAUUGGGAGCAUCCCUGGAGUCCUUUUACCACAUCCUUCAUCUGCUGCCUUGCCAAUCCAGAAUGAAGGUUGUCCUUUCGUUCCAGACAACAACUGGCCAAUCCCAGCGAGCCCGACAACACCAAUGACGAUCAGCCAUGCAGAUCAAUACGCAGACUACCUCACUCUUGUUUCCAAUCUCCAUGACCAUGACCAGCUCAAGAUUACACCUUCCAUGACCAGUCUUGAAGCUCUGCUAUCCAAGCUUCCUUCAGUUGAACCGGCUCCUUCUGGAAGGGUAGCCAAUUAUGGGCCCUCGUCACAGUACGUAUCAGCUUCGCUGGUAGGGAAGGCAAAAAUGGAAGAAGAUGAUGACUUUUGCCCAUCAAGCGAGCUUGGUUUUGGGGGAGGAAGUAGUAGCUCAAUGUGCUCAUUCCACCAACGCUAGCUUCAAUCGAGCUAUGGCCUUCUGCUUUCAAUUAGUGUUGUACGUGGAGUUUGAAACUUUGUGAUUAUCAAUUUUAUAUAAGUUAGUUAA